UUCCACGUCAGUGUGUUUACCAAGACCAGACUGACAGCUGCAGGAAGGUGUUCAAUUUAUCCACGUAUGGAGCUUUUUUUUUGGAUGAGUGAAUGAAUGAGCUGUGUUUCGGGUUAUUUAGAUACCAUACAGUGGAAUGUUCGAGGUUUUAAGUGCAACAUUUCGUCGUAGAGAACUGAACUUUGGUCUUCAUUCACUGUUGGCCGGCUAGCUUGCUAGCUUGCUGAGCUAGGCUAGCAUUAGCAUCAGCAGGACUCCAUCUUCGAAGUAACAGCAUCAUACAGCAGCAGCAUGGUGGACAAGAACAUCUACAUCGUCCAGGGUGAAAUAGGAACUGUUGUUGGAGCCAUCAAGAGGAACUCGAGAUGGAAUACCCACACACCACUGGACGAAGAACAGGACCCGUUACUGAACAGCUUCGGCCACCUUAAGGAAAUACUCAACAACAUUAAAGAAUUAUCAGAUGUGGAGCCCAAUGUUUUCCUGAGGCCUUUUCUUGAAGUGGUUCGCUCUGAGGACACCACUGGACCAAUCACAGGCCUUGCCCUUACCUCUGUCAACAAGUUCCUGUCCUAUGGCCUUAUAGAUGCUAACCAUGAAGCAGCAGCAGAGGCCAUUGAGAACAUGGCAGACGCAGUCACACACGCUCGAUUUGUGGGAACAGACCCCGCCAGUGAUGAAGUCGUCCUGAUGAAAAUCCUACAGGUCUUGAGGACUCUCCUUCUGACGCCAGUCGGAGCUCAUCUGACCAACGAGUCUGUGUGUGAGAUCAUGCAGUCCUGCUUCAGGAUCUGCUUCGAGAUGCGGCUAAGUGAGCUCCUCAGGAAAUCAGCUGAACAUACACUGGUGGACAUGGUGCAGCUACUCUUCUCCAGACUACCCCAGUUCAAGGAGGAGGCCAAGAGUUACGUGGGUGCCAACAUGAAGAAGGUAACAGAGACGUCAUCCUGUGUCCUGGACACUCAGGAUCUUAUUUGUGCAGAGCAGCAUAGAAACACAAGUCAGAGUGGCCUAGAGAGGUUGAAGAUGCGUGCUGGUGGGAUGAGUGAGUCAUCCAAAUGGAAAAAGCAGAAACGCUCGCCAAGGCCACCUCGCCACAUGGUCAGAAGUCCCUCCGGUCAGAUGGACCAAACGCAGCCCAGCACCCUCAGUAACAACAACAUUUCAGGUGGCGUCCCCUUUAUCGAACCUGGCUUGUCCAACUCAAGCCUACCAGCUUCAGACAGCGCCGCUUCCUCUAUUUCCAGUCCCACAACCACAGACAGCGGCCUGGACACGUGCUCCAAAGCUACCUCCAGAGAAGACCUGUCUGACUUAGAAAACUGUAGCUCGUCUGCCACCACUCCAAGUGCUCCUACCAUGCUUUCUGGGGCCGAGCCUGGAUCUCCAGAUGCACAGUCUGAGGGCAGGCCGUCUGGGCCAACUCAGUCGACUUCAGUGGAGUCCAUCCCAGAGGUUCUGGAGGACAAAGACUCCAUCACAGAGCAGUCUGACAGCGCUUCUGUGCACGAUAUGGACUACGUCAACCCCAGAGGAGUCCGCUUCACACAGUCCACACAAAGAGACGGAGCUUCCCUCAUUCCCUAUGGCCUGCCCUGUCUCAGGGAACUUUUCCGCUUCCUAAUCUCACUGACCAGCCCACAUGAUCGCCACAACACCGACGCCAUGAUGCACAUGGGCCUGCAGCUGCUGACCGUAGCGCUUGAAUCAGGACACAUCGCUAACUACCAGUCUUUACUGGGACUGGUUAAAGACGAGCUCUGCAGACAUCUCUUUCAGCUGCUGAGUGUGGAGCGAAUGAACCUGUAUGCUGCCUCCAUACGAGUUUGUUUCCUGCUUUUUGAAAGUAUGAGAGUCCAUCUGAAGUUUCAGCUCGAGAUGUACCUGAAGAAACUGAUGGACAUCAUCACAUCAGAGAACAUUAAGAUGCCCUAUGAGAUGAAGGAGAUGGCUCUGGAGGCCAUCGUCCAGCUCUGGAGGAUCCCCAGCUUCGUCACUGAGCUCUACAUUAACUAUGACUGUGACUUCUACUGCUCCAACCUGUUUGAAGACCUCACCAAGCUGCUGUCCAAGAAUGCGUUUCCAGUGUCGGGGCAGCUCUACACCACACAUCUCCUGUCACUGGAGGCUCUGCUCACAGUCAUCGACAGCACCGAGGCCCACUGCCAGGCCAAGGUUGUCAACAACACGGCUCAGCAGGACCAGGCAGAAACAAUGCUCUCAGAGGGAGAAGGUUCAGUUAAAAACGGAGCUGAAAAUUCAUCUGAUCUUAAUAAAUUCGGCAGCACCAACGGGCUUCCACAAGCAAAAACAGGACCAGUGUGUCCUCCGACCAGUGGACAUCUGAUGGCAGAAAAGAUGAGACUGGGACGACAGGAUCAAGGAGACGCUGAGACCACUGAGAAGAGAGCCCCGAAAAAGCCCCAGCGGUUCUCGUCAUAUUUACCUGAUUCUCAGGAGCUGUUGGACAUCCGAACAAAGAAAAAGCUGCUGAUCACAGGCACAGAGCAGUUUAACCAGAAACCAAAGAAGGGGAUCCAGUUCCUGCAGGAGAAAGGCCUCCUCAGCGACCCCAUCGACAACAACCAGGUGGCCCAGUGGCUCAGAGAAAACCCCCGGCUGGACAAGAAGAUGAUCGGGGAGUACAUCAGUGAUCGCAAGAACAUGGAGCUCCUGGACAGCUUUGUGAACACAUUCACCUUCCAGGGGCUUCGCAUCGAUGAGGCUCUGAGGCUCUACCUGGAGGCCUUUAGACUUCCUGGAGAGGCUCCUGUUAUCCAGAGACUCCUGGAAACCUUCACGGACAAUUGGCAUAAAGUGAACGGCUCUCCCUUCAUGACCAACGAUGCAGGCUUUGCCCUGGCCUACGCUGUCAUAAUGCUAAACACCGACCAGCACAACCACAAUGUCCGUAAACAGAACAUACCCAUGACUGUAGAGCAAUUCAAGAAAAACCUAAAAGGAGUAAAUGGGAACAAAGACUUUGACCAGGACAUGCUGGAGGACAUCUACGCUGCUAUCAAGAGUGAGGAGAUCGUGAUGCCAGACGAGCAGACCGGCUUGGUGAAGGAGAACUACGUGUGGAGUGUGUUACUACACCGAGGUGCCACGUCUGAGGGCGUUUUCCUCCACCUGCCUCCUGGCAGCUAUGACCACGACCUGUUCACCAUGACCUGGGGUCCAACCAUCGCUGCCCUCUCCUAUGUCUUUGACAAGAGUCUGGAUGACAACAUCCUCCAGAAGGCCAUCACUGGUUUCAGGAAAUGUGCGCUGAUUGCAGCUCACUACGGCUUCAGUGAUGUUUUUGACAAUUUGAUUAUCUCUCUUUGCAAGUUCACCACUUUGAGCAGUGAGUCGGUAGAAAACCUUCCUACAGUGUUUGGCAGCAACAACAAGGCACAGACGGCCGCCAAGACCGUGUUUGACCUCGCCCAUCGGCACGGCAACAUCCUGAGGGAGGGCUGGAAGAACAUCAUGGACUCCAUGCUGCAGCUGUUCAGAGCCGAGCUGCUGCCCAAAGCCAUGGUGGAGGUGGAGGAUUUUGUGGAACCAAGUGGGAAAAUCUCACUCCAAAGAGAGGAAACACCUUCAAUCCGCGGUGAAUCGGCUGUUUUGAGUUUUGUCACCUGGUUGACGUUGAGUGGAGCCGAGCAGUCAGGACUCAGAGGACCGUCCACUGAAAAUCAAGAGGCCAAGCAGGCCGCUAUCCUCUGUAUCAAGCAAUGUGACCCAGAAAAACUGAUCACAGAGAGUAAGUUCCUGCAGCUGGAGUCCUUACAGGAACUAAUGAAGGCUCUGAUUUCAGUCACCCCGGAUGAAGAGACGUACGAUGAAGAGGAUGCCGCCUUCUGCUUGGAGAUGCUGCUGCGCAUCGUUCUUGAGAAUCGAGACCGGGUGUCAUGUGUUUGGCAGACGGUACGUGACCGUCUCUGCCACCUCUGUGUUCAUGCCAACGAGAGCUGCUUCCUGGUGGAGAGGGCUGUGGUUGGACUACUCAGACUCGCCAUCCGUCUUUUAAGACGAGAAGACAUCAGCUCUCAGGUUCUUCUCUCUCUGCGUCACCUGCUGAUGAUGAAGCCUCAUGUCUUGUCCCGGGUCAGCAGGGAGGUAGCCUACGGCCUCCAUGAGCUGCUGAAGACAAAUGCGGCCAACAUCCACUGCACAGACGACUGGUACACGCUCUUCUCCUUGCUGGAGUGCAUCGGUGCUGGAGUGAAGCCUCAUGCCUCUUUCCAGCUUGCCUCUACUACCACUGACAACGAUACAGGAGCUCAGUCAGACAGUGAGCUGCAGUCUCAUCAUCCCAGCGAGGCCAGUUUGGACCGUGGCUAUACCUCGGACUCUGAGGUCUACACCGAGCACAGCAAGGCCCGGAUCCCUCGCUCUACAACAGAUGUGGAUGUAGCCAGCAGUGGAUGGCUUGUGGUUGGCAAAGAUGACCUGGAGACCAGUAAGAUCCCGACCAUCGGCUCUAAAGCUCAGCUCAACCACCCGCUGGUAAACCAGUACAGCCUGACUCUGGGUCAGGAUCUGGGCCAGCACGACACCAAGUCUCUCAUCAAGUGUGUGGAAACGCUCUCUUUCAUUGUCCGCGACGCCGCUCACGUCACGCCAGACAACUUUGAGCUUUGUGUUCGAGCCAUACGAGUGUUUGUGGAGGCCAGCCUCAACGGAGGGUAUCGUAACCACGACAAGAAAAAGAGCCACAAGUACGACUCCUCCAAGUCCCGCGUGAGAAGGAAGGCAGGGGGAAGGGAGAAAGAGGGCGGAGGUAGCACGAGGCGAGGCGGCAGCCGGGCAUCCAGCCAGCGUCCGUCCCGCUCCCACAGCGACGACGAGGAGGACGAAGGUGUCCCCGCCAGCUACCACACGGUGUCAUUACAGGUUAGUCAGGAUCUGUUAGACCUGAUGCACACUCUGCACACCCGAGCCGCCAGCAUCUACAGCUCCUGGGCAGAGGAGCAGCGCCAUCUAGAGGCUGCAGGCAGGAAGAUCGAGGCUGACUCCCAGACUCUGUGGACCAGCUGCUGGUGCCCACUGCUGCAAGGCAUUGCUUGGCUCUGCUGUGAUGCUAGACGACAGGUUCGCAUGCAGGCCCUCACCUACCUCCAGAGGGCGCUGCUGGUCCACGAUCUGCAGACCCUUGACGCCACUGAGUGGGAAUCAUGCUUCAAUAAGGUGCUCUUCCCUCUGUUGACUAAACUUCUCGACAACAUCAGUCCAGCAGACGUGGGCGGGAUGGAGGAGACCAGGAUGAGAGCCUGCACGCUGCUGUCCAAGGUAUUCCUCCAGCAUCUCUCUCCUCUGCUGUCUCUGCCAACCUUUGCUGCUCUCUGGCUCACCAUCCUGGACUUCAUGGACAAGUACAUGCAUGCAGGAUCCAGUGACUUACUGUUGGAGGCAAUCCCAGAGUCUCUGAAGAACAUGCUGCUGGUGAUGGACACCGCAGGGAUCUUCCACAGCGCCGACUCCAGGACCGGAUACUCAGACCUGUGGGAAAUAACGUGGGAGCGAAUCGUAUGCUUCCUGCCUCACCUGAGAGAGGAGCUCUUCAAACAGACGGUCAUACCAGAUCCAGUGCCCAGUCCUCCAGCUGAGCCCGUUCAGCCGACACCUCCAGCAGGCCGGCCUCCUUCCCCUCAGGCUUCACCACCACCUGCCCACCCACCCUCCCCAGUACCAGCCCCAGUUGCUCCAGCAGAGACCAAGACCCCCAGUAGGCCCGGGUCCCCACAGGAGCCCCAACCAGCCAGUGCCAACGGAUCAGACCGAUCGUCUCCAGUCCCUCCCUCCAUGUCCCCCAUCCCGGUCCCGUUAACCACGUCCCACACUCAGGCUUCCUCACCUCUGAGCCAGUCCCCCCUCAUCCUCCAGCCGCUCGCCUCUCCACUUCAGGUGGGAGUCCCGCCAAUGUCCCUGCCAAUCAUCCUGAACCCCGCCCUCAUCGAGGCUACGUCUCCUGUACCGCUGCUGCCCGGACCUAGACCUACGAGCCCCUCUGAUGAGGUCAAAUAAGAGAAGUAUCCCGAUCCACCUCCACCGCCCUGUCACGAUGCCAGACCUCCAACCUCAGAACGACUGGACACAUCAGAAUUCAACGCCAUAAGCUGCUAGAGAAACGAUUUUUUAUGUACAAGAUAGAUAAAUAUUACACCGCAUUUGAAGGAAAAAACAAACUCAGCAUAUGAGACUGGUGAAGGAAGAUAACAGUGGGGUACCUUUUGUUAUUGUUCUUGAAUGCAGACUUCGUGGCAUCAUGUCCCGGUAUUCAGUGGAGGAAACACUAGAGACUGAUGACUUUAGAUCUAAAACUAGCGGAUAGUUCUGAGGGCCAGGGCUGAAACUCUAGUGGGAGAAACAAAAGCCAGAGAGGAGAUUUAUGAACAUUUUAAAGUUAAUACCUAAAAUAAAUCAGAGCCUGUUUACAUUUAGCAUUAUCAUCCAUGCUGGAUAAUCAGAUACCAAGUUUUCUGCACUUUAGUUUGCAUAUUCACACUUUGCAUGAAUAAUAUGUCUCCAGUGGUGACCUGAUAUCAGAAUUCACUCGCCUGGUUUACAAAUAACAACCUCCACACACUGAGGCUCACUGUGGCUCAUUUACGUCCACCUAGCCUCGCUCGUCAUGUGUCGUCUCUGAGUUCAAUCAGACCUUUUACUACAAGGUGUUUACCCAUUUCCUUUACAAGCCUGUUUAUGACAACAAAGAGAGAAAUGCCAUGAAAAAAGAUACUGCUAUCCAGCAACUUCACUGCACUCAGCAUGCUGGGACACCCAAGACAUGAGCUAAGAGGCUGGCUGAGACUUUUUAACAGCUUUUCUCCCUCAUUUUAGCUUGAACAUGCAUUUAAAGUAAACAGUGAUAUACUGUUUAACUAAUAAAUCUUAUGGGGUGCUGGUUUGCUGCAGGAUUUGGUUAAAAUGUGCAAUUAUACUGGAUACCAUUUCAAUUAAUGAUUAUGCUGUAAUCCAUAAAUGGUAUCAUGAGUCUAUUUGCUUGGUUAUCAAGGACAACACAGAAAAGAAUGAUAGAUCAGAAGUGUGUAUUUCUCAACUAAAACAUACUAAUAGUAGCUUGCAUAAAAAGUACAAAACCUGAAGUUUUGACAGUGCUGCUUUCAAAAUUAUUUGAUUAUAUUUUCCAAAAAUUAAAGUUUUUCCUUUUCCAGAAAAUUAAGGUCCUUCUACAAAGGUCAGCAGUGGAACUAUUGUAAACUUAAAGGCCUUUCUGUAGGAUUUUAUGAUCUGAAAAUUUAAGAUGCAGCCUUUCAUGUGAUUAUUUAAUUGCACAGCCUGACGUCUGAUAGAAACUAGGUUAAUUGUGCAGCAUUACGGGAUUGUGAUUUAUGCAAACCAGUACGCAGUUUGAGACACUUAUUUUAAACAGAGAAGUGAUGUGUGUCGUUCAGGUACAAGCUGGUUCUAAGAGCUUUGUUGAUGUUUUAAAGGACUUAAAACAGAAAAUGGUAUGGUAUAAGAGCUGUUUAGGAGCUGAAAACUUGGGGUGCAUGAUAUUAUCAGUAUGAAAUCGGUCUCAGCAGAAAUUAAAACAUGCCCUCUUUUUACAGCCAAUAUGUCAGCAGCAUAAGUCAUUUAUCAGCCUUAAAUGUCAGCAUAAUAUAGGAAUGUACCAUCAGACUUCAAACAUGAACACUGUGACUGAAACUCUACAUGUAAAACCACUCCCAGCCUCUGUUUGCACAGGGGACACUUGGUGUUCUUUACAGUGAAUAAGUGUGGAUAUGUCGGUGUCAGAAUCGGCUAAAAUGAGUGCAGAAAUAUCGGCAAAAAUCUAACAUUGAUCAUCUGCCCUGAAAACCAACUCUUCCUAUAAGCUGAGCCAAAUAAUCUAGAUCUCUAAAAAGAGGCAAGUCUCUGAGCCUGGCUGGAAUGACAUAAAUAAAGCCAUCAUGUUUGUUUACUAGCAGAAUACAGCAGAUCAAAUCAACUGAUGUGGGUUUAAUGCAUGCCAGCGUGUGCUGCAGCUACACAACCAGUCUAGUCCAGAUGAAGGCAUCCCAGACCAGCGUUUAUUUCAGUAACUAAACUCUGACUCUGAAAAUGUUAAACUUCCUUUUUUCCAUUUGGAAGAUUAGAUUGAGACUGGCUAAAUAAAAAUUUCUAAGGAAAAGUCAGUUCAUCAAGGACUAAAAUUCGACUUAAAUGUUAGUGCUCAACUGCUGAAUGUUCAAAAUCCAUAUUUCUCUACCAUGCAAAUAAUGUUUUAAAGACGAGGAAAAGUUGGAGAGCAUUAGAGGUAUGUUCAAAUAAUAAGAGUAUUGUUUGUGCAUUAAUGUGGGUGUUUCACAUUUCUAUUUAUUUUUAAAUACCUAAUAAAAUUAGACUUUGACUAAUGUAAGGACUUUUAUUGGCUGAAACUGGACUAAAAUGGAUUUUUUUGUCGACUAGAAAUAAACUUUAAAGAGAGUCACUAAAUGUGACUAAAACUAAAGGGUAUUUUAAUCUAAAGACUGAGACUUGAUUAAGAAUAGGUGCUGAAGUUAAAGGUCACAUAUUUUGCAAAAUACACCUUUUCAGGCUUUUCUAACAAAGAUAUGUGCCCCUGGCCUGUCCACAAGCCCCCGAAAACUCAGAACUUCCCCCCUUCUCCACCUUUUAGGAAAUGUGCUGAAACAAGCCAGUGUCAGAUUUUCCCCUCAUGAUGUCAUGUGGGGAGUUAGCACCAUCCCCAGGUUCAGUUGCCCCUUCUCGCAACUGAAGAAAGUUCCAAUCCUCCUCUGAGCUGACAGCUGGGAGGAGGAUCAGGAGAGCCACAUCUAUAGGUCUUUCUCAUUUCAUAUUUUGGUUUCCUUCCUUCCUCCGUUCGUGUCGUUUCCUCGCGUCUUAGCUCCCCCCAGUGAGGAACUGAAAGAGAAAUGCAAGGAAGAGACAGGUGGAGAGAGGAGGCACAACUUAGUGAAUGAGAAAUCCUUCACAGCGUCAGUCUGAGUGACAUCAUGUACUGAUGAUCAGCUGAUUCACCCUCACAGCCCAAACAUUAGCAGACCCGUAUUUAAAUCAUUUAGAAAACCUUUAUGAUAACAAAAAAUUAGCAAUAAAAUGUAUUAAGAAAAGCAUUCUUUAUAUUAUAUAUCUGAUUAUCAGUGGAAUUACUUUGGUUUAUAAACUCAACCAUUAAAUUGUUGUUAAUAUCCUCAUCUAU